CGCACUGCUGACGGCUUUGCCUCUCGCCUACAUUUUCCUCUUUCCAAGUCUUUCUUUGGAGGUCGUGUUUUCAUUUCCAUUUCCCGAGUGCCUGCUUUGGAACUCUCUGGCAUUCGUAUUCCCCUUGUUGCACAUUGAGAGCACGCACGCAAUCAUGGCGGCGCUCCCACCGGACGAAGAUAGAACCAUGUACCCCGUGAUAACCCACUGCGUCCUGUCAUCCAUUGCCGUGCUCGUCGUCUGUUUCCGUCUCACAGCACGCUUCACGAGCAGCGGGCUCAAAUGGGAUGAUUUCUUCAUCGCAUUGGCGAUGGUCACCACCAUCACCAACUGGCCCUUCACAAUCAUCGGCUCUUACCAUGGCGUCGGCCGCCACGCAGUCUACAUCACCAACCUCGACGACCUAAUCCUCGCCGUCAAGACGCUCGUCGUCGGCGAAUUCCUGCUCCUCCUCGCCCUCUGCUUCGUCAAGGUCUCCGUGCUCAUCUUCCUGUUCAGCAUCGGCGGCAUCCGCAAAUGGGUCAGGUACACGCUGCACGCAAACCUUGUCCUGAUCGUCACCUCGACGCUCGCCUUCAGCGUCGUGCUCUGGACACAGUGUAAGCCGGUGGAGGCGAACUGGGAUCCGACGAUUGAGGGCGCGCAGUGCUUGAGCGUGGAUAACUUCCUCGUGGCCGUGUAUACGUUGACGGCGAUUACGAUUGUGACGGAUUUUCUGUGUGCGUUGUUACCGCUGCCGAUUAUUUGGAAGCUGCAUUUGAACACGAAGACGCGGUUGGGGAUUAUGGCGGUUAUUGCGCUGGGGCUGGUCGCCGCCGCAUCCUCCAUCGUCCGCAUCGUCCUCGUCAAGGACUUCAAGAAAGCGAAACUCGACCCGACCUGGGCGCUCCUCAACGUCGGCGUCUGGACCCUCAUCGAGCUGCACAUCGCCAUCAUCGUCGCCUCGCUGCCGCCUUCGCGCGCCCUCGCACUGCGCCUAUGGGCCUCGGCCCGCGGCAAAGUGUUCACGGAUACGAGCUACGGAACGAGCGGCAAUUCUUCUGCCAGGGGCAAUGGGAGUGGAAGCCGGUGGGGCAAGAAGACGCCGGUUGUUGUGUCGGAGAGGGGCUCGGAGCAGGAGGGUUGGCUGAGGAUGCAGGAUUUGGGGGAUCGGGGGAGUGCGAGGACGGAUUUGAGUGAGAGGCCGCUGGAUCCGAUGGGGAGGGUGUGAGGGCUGAUUUGAGUGGGUUUGGUAUGAUGCCUGAGGGUGUAUUUUAUCAAAAGAAUGUAGGUUCAUGUGUUAUUAUCGUGCCGCUGAUUAUUGAAAGAUGACCUUCACCAGGUUUCCUUGCGAACACGUGGAGGCGCUCAGUACCU